AUGAAGCUGCUGUGUCUGGUGGCUGCGGUGGGGUGCUUAUUGGUGCCCCCAGCUCAAGCCAACAAGGUGAGGGAGAGCUCUGAAGAUAUCCGAUGCAAAUGUAUCUGUCCACCGUAUAGAAACAUCAGUGGGCACAUUUACAACCAGAAUGUGUCUCAGAAGGACUGCAGCUGCCUGCAUGUGGUGGAGCCCAUGCCCAUGCCUGGCCACAAUGUGGACGCCCACUGCCUGCUCUGCGAGUGCAGGUACGAGGAAGGGAGCACCACCACCAUCAAGGUCAUCGUGGUCGUCUGCCUGUCUGUGGUGGGGGUGCUCUUACUCUGCAGGGCCUUCCUGAUGCUAGUGGACCCCUUGAUUCGAAAGCCAGACGCUUACACUGAGCAGCUGCACAAUGAAGAGGAAAAUGAGGAUGCACGUUCCAUGGCAGCAGCAGCUGCAUCCAUUGGAGGACCCCGAGCAAACACUGUCCUGGAGCGAGUAGAAGGCGCUCAGCAGCAAUGGAAGCUGCAGGUGCAGGAGCAGAGGAAGACAGUCUUCGACAAGAACAAGAUGCUCAGUUAG